AGUACGACCAAAUGAAAUCAGUUUGUGCGGAAGAAGCUAUUGCUACCUAGUGAUUGAAAAGGCGGGAAAGACUCUCACACUCUCUCUCUCAAAAUCUGAUUACUACAUAUAGAACAGAAAUGGAGGAAGAGAGACACACAUGCCUAAAGCUGGUGCCCCAAGACAGCGACCCAAUCUUCGUGAAGGGCAGCUGGUUCCCCUCCCAUUUCCACCUCUCCAUCACCGACGGCCUCCACACCUGGAUCUGCCAUGCCUCCCAAGACGACGUCCGAGACCGAGCCGCUCUUUGGGACCAACCCGUCUCCGACUACGUUCUCUUGGCCGAGCGCUACCUAGGGUUUCAGCAACCCGGCUCUGUCUAUCGCUUCACCGAUGCUGGAGACUCCAACAAAAGGUUGUCGUGGACUUUUGAGAAAGAAGGGACCAAGCUAGAAUGGCGAUGGAAGUGUCAGCCGUCGCCUAAUAGUAAGGAAACUACAGCAGGGAUAUUGGACUUUCUCAUGGAUGCAAAUAUAAGGCUAAGUGAAGAAGUUGUCAGAAAAACUCAAUCUUUUGAGAUGCUGAAAGUGGAAGCUGAGAAGUGUUUAGCACAGAGUGAGAGAAUUAACAAAGAGAGGGUGGAUUUUGAAUCUGAAAUAUAUGCAAAGUUUCUUGGGGUCUUGAAUUCAAAGAAAGCAAAACUAAGAGAUCUUCGAGAUCAGAUUUCAAAUAAAAAGGCUGCUGGGAAAUUGCCUGAAGAAGAGGAAGAAGGAUCCACUGACAAAACUGAAAGUUUUGAUGAUGGAAGUGACAAUGAGACAAGUGAGGAAGAACCUGCAGAAAAAGUUUCAGGCACUUCAAAGGAUAUUCUAGUGAGUAAGCCUCGUGGCCGAAAGAGGAUUGCACGCAUUUAGUACCUCACAGGUCAAGUGUAUAUUCUGCCAUGUUAGGCAUUGCCUUUCUCCCUUCUCUGCCAUUUCUGUUUUAUAUACUUUUUUUUUUUUUUUAAGGGCGGGGAGGGCAGUUGUGCAUUGAAUUUUGUAAAGGUUUUCAACAUGUAUUGAGAUUUUUAGGUAGUAUACAAACUUAUCCGCGUGCCAGAAUUGCAUCUCUAUUUUGUCCUUGUAUAUCUUAGAAAAUAUUCCCUGUCAUGUGAA